UCAUUUUUCUCGGACUUUCUGCGGACGCUCGGCGACGUUGACAACUAGAUUACAGUGCGUUUCGCCGGGAACUCUGUGAUAUUAAAGUUUUACAUCGAUUAAAGUUAGAAGAGUCUUGGGAAAAUGAUCGCAUAUUGGAGGGACGCGGCAGUGGCUGUGCGCGAUAUGUGAGGAUUUGGAUAAAUAACUUAAAAACAGUUUGAUAAAUUCCAUCCGAGCGCUUCACGUUCGACAGGAUAGGAGGAGGGGGAUCGUUUAAAAUUAGUCCGAUCGGUCAAUAUUCGGAGGAUAUCGACAUAUGGAAACGGGUAGUUGAACAACAGCGGGGUUUUAGUCGAGUGUUGUGAUGGGUAAAGAUUAUUACAGGAUCCUGGGGCUAGCGAAGGGCGCCUCAGAUGAGGAGAUCAAGAAAGCCUACAGAAAACAAGCUUUGAGAUUUCAUCCCGACAAAAACAAAUCAGCCGGAGCAGAAGAUAAAUUCAAAGAGAUCGCCGAAGCUUACGAUGUCCUGAGCGAUGCCAAGAAGAAAGACAUCUAUGACAGAUGUGGAGAGGAUGGGCUCAAGGGACACGCCGGAGGUGGCUGCAAUGGCCCUAGCUAUACUUUUCACGGCGAUCCUCACGCCAUGUUUGCAGAGUUCUUUGGUGGCCGUAGCCCAUUCGAUCAGUUUUUUGCGUCUGCUGGGGGCGCAGAUGAUGACAUGGACAUUGAUGACCCCUUUGCAGCCUUCGGAAUGGGAGGAAUGGGCGGACGCACCAAUAUGGCGGCGACGAUCCUGGGGCUAGCGAAGGGCGCCUCAGAUGAGGAGAUCAAGAAAGCCUACAGAAAACAAGCUUUGAGAUUUCAUCCCGACAAAAACAAAUCAGCCGGAGCAGAAGAUAAAUUCAAAGAGAUCGCCGAAGCUUACGAUGUCCUGAGCGAUGCCAAGAAGAAAGACAUCUAUGACAGAUGUGGAGAGGAUGCAUCACUUACUCAGGCUCUAUGCGGCUGCACCAUCAGCGCCCCCACCUUGGAUGGUAGAACUGUCACAGUGACAUCACGUGAUGUCAUCAAACCCGGUAUGAAGAAGAGGAUAGUGGGAGAAGGACUGCCACUGUCCAAAUGUCCUGAAAAGAGAGGAGACAUGGUGCUAGAGUUCUCAGUGAAAUUUCCGGACAAGUUGGGACCGAGUGCCCGUGAAUCUCUGGUUCAGAUCCUACCACCUUGAGCGUUGCAACCGCUGGAGGACAGACUCUCAACACACAGAUCCUAUGAUUGGGCCCUUCUGAUUUUCUAGAUAUUAUUGCAGCUGAAAGUAUCAGUGGUAAAUACACAAAAGUCAAGCUCAGAGAAACACAAUAGAGCUCCCAACAGAUUAUUUAUACCCGCUUACUUAUAUUGCAAUGCACUUUUACAGAACUCUGUGAAACAUUUCAGAAGUAAUAUAUUGACUUUCACACAUAGUUUAGCAGUACCUCCAAGUAAAUGCUCCGUCAUCCUCUUGUUUGCUUCUUCAGGUUUCUUUCCCCUUGAACCUUUAUAUUUUCUUUUAUUAAAAUAAUAUUCCAAUUUUAGUCUCUGAGCAGUCAACAUUGUACUUAACAGUAAUGUCAAUGCUGAACAAUAGGGUUUUAUACAUUCCUGAGGAUCUCAAAUAGUAAUUGUAGAAGUGUGUGUGUGUGUGUGUGUGUGUGUGUGAGAUUGUGGGUGUGUGAAAUCCCAAUGACGGGGCUGCUGGGGAGCCGAGUUUCUUUGCAUAGAGUGAGCCCAGGAAAUUCCAAGGGCUCCUGAGCAUUAUCACAGUGCUUCCAGAGCAUGUUAAAGUGUGGUUACAUUUACUAUUGCGUGAUACAAUUUCCCUGGGGAAAUGGAGUCAUUCCAAUCCACCUCAUUUGUCAAUGUUGAAGUAAGCUAUCUUCUAUGAAUGUGCGAGAUUUCCGAUUCAUUAGGCGCUAUAGGUAAAUAACUAGAUGAAUAGACCAUAGACAUGGGCGUAGUGUCCGUGAUGUCACUCAUAGGUUUCUGAAGAGCAUUUUUGAAGCCCCAAGUGGGCGGAGCCGGCCGUCGCCAUCUUGGCAGUACGUCACUCCUGGAUAAUUGGAAAUGGGCAAAGAGGCAGGACACGGGUGGAGCUGAGGUGCCUGGUUGCUGAAACCAAGCCUGCCUAGCUCCACAAGCAGGCAAUCCACCUGUCACUCAAGUGGCCACGCCCUUAAUUAUGCAGAAUUUUAUUA